AAAGGUCCGGAUCUGUCAGAGGAAGGAAUGGAAGUAAGACUAGGGUUAGGGCUGGGUCAGGGGCUGGGAGGUGUAAAGGAGAAGCAAGAGCUGCUGUUUUUAGAUGCACACCCGCGGGUCCUUUUCUCUUCCUCUCCUCCAGAGCACCCACCCCUCCUCCUCAUGCUGGAGUCAGGCAUGUUGCCCAUAGAAGGAGAGGACAAGGAGGAGGAGGAGGAGGAAGUGUCGGACGCAGACGGACACAUGGAGGGUCAUGGGGACAGAGAGAUGGACAGGAGUGUGCCGCUGAGCUGGGUGGACACUCUCAGGGGGGCCAGGGAGCCCCCUCUCCCCGCCCCCAGGCACAAGCGCUCGCACUUGUCCCACACCAGGCGGGGUGAGAUGCCGGUGUGCGAGUCGGAGAGUGUGUGGGUAACGGACAAGACGACGGUCAUCGACGAUAGGGGUAAAACAGUCAACAUCGUGCCAGAGAUCAAGACAGUCAAGGGGGCGUUUAAGCAGUACUUCUAUGAGACUCGCUGCCUCCAGGAGGGGCAGCAGAGGGGCGGUGGGCCGCAGCGGGAGGCAGGGGGGGCAGGGGCCUCGGCAGCAGGAACAGGGACAGGACCCGUAGGUGUGUCCGGGGCCAGCUGCCGGGGCGUGGACAUCAGACAGUGGGUGAGUCAGUGUAAGGCCAAGGACACAUAUGUCCGAGCCCUCACUGUUGACAACAACGGUCUGCAGGGCUGGAGGUGGGUCCGCAUCAACUCGUCCUGCGUGUGUGUCCUACUGUCCAGAGUAACCAGGAAAAACAGAGGAAGGGAGUGAGGGCAGGAGAUGGAGGAAAGGUAGAGAGGAUCAUGUGGAAGAAAUGUUAACACAGAUAAUGCUUGGGACAUUGGAUGUAAUGUCAGUGAGACAGUAGGUGUUACUUUAUAGGCCAGGGUGCCUCUUCCCCAGAGCAACUUACAUUGGUGCAUUCUUCUUAUGAUAGCUGCACUCUUACAAAAAAGGGUUCCAAAAGGGUUCUUCGGCUGUCCUCAUAGGAGAACACUUUUUAGUUCUAGGUAGAACCCUUUUUGAGGUUCUAUGUAGAACCCUCUGUGGAAAGGGUUCUACCUGGAACCAAAAUGGGUUCUUCAAAGGGUUCUCCAAUGGGGACAGCCAAAGAACCCUUAGGUUCUAGAUAGCACUUUCUUUAACGAGUAUAGGCGAGACAACCCCUCCACCCAUCACGGGCUCAGUGAGAGUGACUACACAAAAACAAUAAAACCUCAACAAUACAACUUAGGGAAAACUAUCAUAUCAAAAUAGUGAUUUUAGAAAAGUACUGUUUGUUUCAUAAUUGUCUUCAUGUCAUACAUGUUAUUGCUGAGUAAUACUGUAUGUAACCAUGAGUUUUAAAUUAAUAUAUUUCUUUAUAUAUGUGUACAAUAUGUGAACAGUAUGCUUUUAUGUAUGAAAGUAUGUAUAUUUAUAGAGAAAGGUAUGUGGAAUGAUAGGUUUGUUGUUGUUACAUGAUUCCAGCCUCUGGCGUCUGGCCUCUGCUCUGAAUGGGAGAGGAAGGGACUGGCAGCACCUAGUGAUUUAGCCUGAUACUGCUCAACAUUCCAUACUGAGCACUGACCAUCCCCAGUCCUCCUUUGUGAAGUCUCACAGAGAACACUAUCACUGAGUGCUUUAAUAGUAAGAUAGAGAGGAGAAUUGAGCCAUGUAUUAUGAUUAUGAUGCCCAUAUUGUUGUCAUGAGAACAACAGUCCAUUUACAGUGUAGCCAGUCAUAUGUGAUCAGAACAUUUGAGUGACCAAUAGAAACCAUGCAGCAGUGUGACAACCACAGAAGCAUUUUAUCUCUAUCUCUCCCUGUAGUUAGAUCAUUAGAUGAUUGAAGAAUUCCAUUCGCCUCAGUUUGAACUCUGAACUCUAUAGUAUAUGCAGUACAACAUAUUUAUACAUCUGGAUUUUUGUAAUACAUGUAUGUAUAUUGUAAAGGCCUGUUUCUUAUUCCAUAAGUAAAAGAUAAACUAUUAUAACUUAUUUUA